CUGCUGGAGCCGCGCUGCUUCAAGAGUUGCAGGGCCGAGGAGGAGGCGCUCGCUUCCGAGUGGGGGCCCCGCAGUGUCCGGCGGCCGCGCCGAGGGCCGGGCUGGCCGCAGAGGGGGACCAGGACCACUAUUGUUCUGCAGUUUCUGAAAGUUUCGAGGGAAAAAUUCAGGUGUCGGUAGGUGCAAUGGAAGGCCACAAGGCAGAAGAAGAGAUGUUAGAUAUUCUUCGACUGAACGUGGGUGGCUGUAUUUACACAGCCAGGCGUGAGUCCUUGUGCCGAUUUAAGGACUCCAUGCUGGCAUCCAUGUUCAGUGGUCGUUUUCCUCUAAAAACAGAUGAAUCAGGGGCUUGUGUUAUUGACCGUGAUGGACAUCUCUUUAAAUACCUUUUGGAUUAUCUUCAUGGAGAAGUUCACAUUCCCACAGAUGAGCAAACCCGCGUUGCUCUGCAGGAAGAGGCUGAUUACUUUGGCAUCCCUUAUCCGUACAGCCUGUCUGACCACUUGGCCAAUGAAAUGGAGACAUAUUCUUUAAGGUCAAAUAUAGAACUUAAAAAGGCUUUAACAGACUUCUGUGAUUCGUAUGGUUUAGUUUGCAAUAAACCAACAGUUUGGGUUCUCCACUAUCUUAACACAUCUGGUGCCAGCUGUGAGAGUAGAAUUAUCGGUGUAUAUUCCACAAAAACUGAUGGAACAGAUGCUAUUGAUAAGCAGCUGGGAGGAAGAAUUCACAGUAAAAGCAUUUUUAAAAGAGAGGCGGGAAAUAAUGUUCAAUACAUUUGGAGCUAUUAUUCAGUAGCAGAAUUGAAGAAAAUGAUGGAUGCUUUUGAUGCCUGGGAAGGAAAAGGUGUUAGCUACUGGCGGGUACCUCAUGAGCUGAUAGAAUGUUGGACUCUGGAAGAGCGGCCUUUACUUGGGAGCCUGCGUCACAUGGCCCCAAUUCGAAAGAGGAGACUGACGGCGUUCGGCGACGAGGAAGAAGGUGUGAACUGUAAGAUGGCUCCUAAGCCUGUCAGGUUUCUAGGGCCUUCCACCAGCACCCAGAUUAAGGUCAAGAACUCGGCUGCAGUCAGGGUGUCUUCCACCAGUGCCCUUCAGGCCUGGUUGCCGGCCAUGGCAAACCAGUCUUCGGGCGCGACGACAGCUCAGCGCUCUGCACUGCCGAAAGCCCCGUCCGCCGCGGGCGCCGAGGUACCCGGGCAUUCCCCGGCUGCCCACGGGACGGGGAGCGCUGAAAACGGAGCCUCGCUGCCCCCCUCAGCCAAGGUUCUGCCCUCCGACAAGAAGGCCACCCCACACCGAGUGAUCAAACUGAGGCGGACUCCCCUGUGUGCCCCCGGGCCUUCCCCGAGGCCCGGGGGCGCCGCAGCGCCGCCACCGGCCCAGGCGCCCACCUUUGAUGUGCAGACCGAGAACUUGCAGGGCAAGGCUGAUUGAUGUCCUGUUUGCCUCCGGAGCUUCCAACCCGGGUGAUAGGGUGAUACGCAUACGGGGCACUGUUGAUGCAGGAGAGGUGAAAAGUUAAUGGUUCUUUUUAGGAUAAUUAUGAGAAAAAUAAAUUGUGUGAUAUAAGAAUGGAGGAGGGGAGACUUUAGGUGGUUGAGGCUAUAGUUACUUCUCAUUUUCCCAACUUUUAAGUGAUCAUCUUCUAUAGGCAAUUUGAAUUUCAGGUUUUUAUUGUUUUGAAUGGUUAAUUGGUAGUAAGGCAACAAAACGGUGCAGAGAACAUCACUACAGAAGUUUACUUUGUUGCUGAAAUAAGUAUAGACUUUAGGCACUUUUGUAAUGUUACUCAUUGAAGCCCAGGGACAGGAGUGACUUUGGGUUUAGAUCUUCCUGUUUGGUGAAAUAGCGAGCGUGAUAUUAAUGCUUCCCUGAGCUAUGUCACAACCGAGAGAGAAGAGAGAAAACAUAGAUCAAGGUGAACUCACUACAGGUUAUUCCCAGUCGCAAAAGGCGACAGGAAAAGAAAUGAUAGGGAGGGGAAAAAUGAUAAUAAUUUGAGAUCACACUUUGUCUUUUACUUAAUUAAAUUAUUUUCUAGAUUGGAUUUUUUUUUACCUUCUUCCUUUAGAUUUAUUUAUACAUCACAAGAUUUCUUGGGAUAAGGACUAUAUAACAUCUCUUUAGCCUAAAUUGUUAAAAUAUUUUAAUUUGAACAGC